GCUACUCGACCGGCGGACGUGAUGACGUGACACUCUUACUUACACUUCGUCCGAUCCCUCUCUCUCGACUACCAAUCUCAAUCGGAUUGACAGCGAUGUGAUAUGUAGGCAUCGAGUCGCCCACUGAGUGAACCGCACUCAAUAAACCGCAACACCCUCCCUACCUCGUCCUCGUAUCAUUUACACGCCCCCCCACGCCCCCACCAAACCGCCGCUGUACACAACACACAUGAGCGCAAGUAGCAAAAUCGCCUGACAGCCCUUUUUUUUUUCUGCAGUCAAUCGCUAUCGAUAGACACACACAUAGACAGAUAAGAGACCAGAGGACGGGAUGGAUGCAUCUUUGAUGCACUCAUUUCGCUUCAUUGACAGACAGACAGACACGCAGAGAGACUGCUAAAUGCUCGGUCGAACGAGCCAUCUCGGUCACAUAUAUCAGUCGGGUAAAGGAAUCCCAGCACCAUACCUCACAUUACCUGAAACAGCACACGACCCACGCCAUCCAUAUAAGUGACCAUCGCUGCCACGUGACGCCUUCCUGCGCGUGCUCACUUCUCUUCGCGACGGUGUCGAGCUCAGCCACGUCGUCGGCCGUCAGCCGCCAGCCAAGAGCACCGAUGUUGGAAGUCGCCUGCCGCAACCGACUCGCACCUACACACACAUCCACACACACACGUGUUGGUCGGUGGCUGCCUUGUGGGUCCUGUGUGGUGUGCAGACCAGACCUGGUAUGGGUAUGACGCCCUUGCUCACACACCAGUUGAGGGCCACCUGUGCAGGCUGCUUGUCGUACUUGUCUGCAAGUAUCCUCAGCCUGUCGAUGAUCGGCGCCGCCUUUGGGAGCGUCCGCCGGUACAGCAGCCGGCGGGGCCCUUUGGGGUAGUUGGAUGAGUCAUCGGCCGAGUACUUGCCUGUGAGGAGCCCUUGUGCCAGCGGCGAGUAGGCCAGGAUCUUGACGUUCAGCUCCUUGCAGGUGUCGUAGACGGCGAGCUCUUCCAUUGGUGUCCUGUAUAGCAAGCUGAACCUGACGCACAAAGUGAGACAACUAGGUCUCUCUCUCUCUCUCUGUGGCCUGGCUUACUGUAUCUGAUUGGUUGCGAGAGGAACGUUUCUCGCGGCCAGCUUGGCGUGCACUUUGCGCAGCAUGUCUGAGCCAUAGUUGCUCUGAGGAAAGAAAAACACACAGACAGACAGAGGCCUCCAGCGAGAGAGGUGCAGUGCCUGUGCGCACGAGUGCCUCUCUCCCGUGUGCAUCGCGAUGCCUACCACGCCAACAGCCCGCACCAAUCCCUGCUCAUAGCAAUCUGCGCAAAAAAAAGCGACACGAAACGACUUCGUUCCCGAGCGCGUUCACACGAUGGGGCGGCCCCUGUCUGUGUGUGGAUUCCCUUCGCACCUGCGAGGCCGUCCCAGUAAGCCUCAUUCUGCCACACCCCUGCAGGCAGGCCGAAUCCCCCCCACAGCACAUGGGAUGAGCUGAUGUCCACGUAUUAAGUGUGUGUGCGUCAAAGCACCUGGGAAGUGUAUCUGGUAGAGGUCAAUCUGUGUCCUCCCCAGCCUCGCGAGCGAAUCCCGACAAGCCUCGACCACAGCACGGCGACCCACACGCCACUGACACACACACAGCAAGCGGGCAGACAGAUACCCACACAUCGCGCCCUCCCGCAUAGCCAGCCAUCAUGGUGGGCUUCCCACCGGCAAUGGAGCGAAUUUCGUCGCGACGAUGGGUUUGGUCUUCUCUCUUGGCGGCUCACUCGGCGUGUUCGUCAGGUAGACCUUCUCGAAGUUGCCGAGAAGCCUCUCCGACUUGCCGAGGCCGUAGACCUGAUGGAUGCAAUCAACAACCAGGCAGACCAUGAUUGACGCGAUGCGCCGAUCUAUCCAGGUCUUUCACACCUCUGCUGUGUCGACCAGGGUGAUGCCGCUGUCCAUGCACGUGUCAAAUAUACCCUGUGCACCCAGACAGACAGACAGACAGCGUGUUGCGAAACCAAUGUAUGUCAGUUCAGGUGAGUCACCUGCAGCUCCGGGUCCAUGUCGGGGGAGUAGCUCCAGUAACCGAACGAGUCGCCCCACUGCCAUGCGCCAACCCCUGCACACACAGACGCGCUGCCAUCUUUGUGAUAACACACUCAUUCUGCCUAGGUACCCAUUGGCGGCACUUUGAGUCCUCCGGCCAGCGUUAUCUGCUCCUCUUGGAAAGAGAUCCCCGACCCGGCCUUGUCGUUCGCAACAGACACCGCAUCCACUGUAGCAGCUGCUGCUGCUGCUGCUGACGCGCGUGGCUGCUGAAAAGCACUGCCGCACGAUACCUUCCUUUUCGGGCCAACAGAUGGGACGAACGACGACAAGUGGGAAGACCACGAUGGAUGAAGUAGGAGAAGAGCUGUCCAGAUCAACAGAUGCACAGCCACUGCCCCACUGGAUCUUACCAGCGGCGUGGCUGUGCGCUCGAAUGAGAGAUGGGCCAUGCUGCAGCGCUGACAGGCCGCCAACGGCAGACCGCAACAAAGGCUGCUUGAAACGUGACAGCAGCUGUGCCAAACCUCGCGAUGUGCAGG